UGUUUUCCUUGCCCAGAGGCUCGUGAAAAGCAGUAGGCGUUGUUUUUCUCAGCCCUUCUGCCGGGCGUGCGGCGCCAGACGUGCCCCAUUCAUGCCCGGGGCGCGUGCUGAAGGUGCUGUUCUUGUUUGCUUCUUAAAGGUGAACUGGGGGCGCGGUUUCUUUAAAACCGGAGAGAUUAGACAUUCCCCUGUAGAUACAAAGAUGAAACCAUACCCGAGUCUUUGCAAAGAUAACGCACGGAGGAAGAUAAAGCAGUUGUAGAAUAGAGUCAGUCAGGCUUUGAUGCAGCACAGGAGAUCUGUAAGAGCACGUCUGAGUUACUGGUGCGGAAUGGCCCAUGGGCAGCGGUGGGGUGGUGGAGAGGUGAGGUGCAUCUUUGUUUUUGCAGAGCGUGCAGCUUGCAGAGGUGCUUUGUCUGCGGGGAUCCUGUGCACCGCCUCUGGCAGAGUGAAAUCUGCCUGGUCGGGUGUGUCGGGCUCAGAGCUCCCGGCUCUGUUGACUCUAUUGUGUCCUGGGCCUGAUCCGGGCAAAGCGUCACGAGGGUGACUUUAUAACAUGCAAGACACUGGUGCCAGGGGGAGUUCCCCUGCUUUCCUUCCGCCUCAGAAUGGGAGCAGUCACAGGUCUUCUGGGUAUGUCCCGGGGAGAAUCGCCCCUCUUCGUCCCCCACCACCUUCACAGAGCCACGUGUCAGCUGAAUUUACCUCUGCAAGACAAGAAGCCCGGGCCAUGUUCGCAUCCUCACCACCGGGACAGCACCGCCGACAGGCAGAAGCCAACAGACAUAAGAAUACCCUCAUUUGCUUUGCUGUUUCCAGCUUUUCACUUUUUGUUGCACUGGGGAUUUUUAUGGGAAUAGCUUCAAAAUAUGCUCCAGAUGAGAAUUGUCCUGAUCAGAAUCCUCGUCUGAAAAACUGGAGCCCUGGGAAAGAUCCUGAAAAGAAGGUUGUCAUCAAAAAGGGAGAUCUGUUUCGUCUGGACUCAGAUGCUACAGUACAUUCUAUAACCAUACAGGAUGGAGGUUUACUUGUUUUUGGUGAUGAUAAAGAUGGUUCUAAAAAUAUUACUUUGAGAACUCGUUUUAUCCUGAUAAAGGAUGGUGGAAUGCUUCAUGUUGGAGCAGAGAAAUGCCGCUAUAAAUCCAAAGCAACUAUUAUUUUGUAUGGGAAGUCAAAUGAAGAUGCUGAUGUGUCAGAAUUUGGCAAAAAGUUUAUUGGUGUGGGCCCUGAAGGAACGUUGGAAUUGCAUGGGCAACAGAAGCUAUCAUGGACUCUUCUGUCAAAGUCUGUGAAUUUCUCAGGGCUGGCCUGUGGUCAUUACGCAUUUAAAAAGAAUUUUUCCCGAGGACUAAAUGUGAGAGUGAUUGAUCAGGACACGGCGAGCGUUUUGGAAGUGCUGAAGUUUGAUACUCAUGAGUUUUCGGAAGAAAGCUUGAAACUCCAGAACUUACUGAAAAAUAGGAGUCCUGGUCGCAUUAUUGCUAUUGCUGUAGGAGAUUCAGCUGCUAAAAACCUGCUGGAAGAAACUAGAGUGACUAUUCAAAAUCUUUUGGGAAGUAAGUUUGUCAGAGGAUUGAGUUACAGGCAAGCCUGGGCUUUAGUUGGUGUUAUAGGUGGUGGGAAUUCUUCAUGUAAUGAAUCAGUGAGAGACUAUGAGAAUCACAGCACCGGUGGGAAAGCUCUUGCUCAGAAAGAAUUUUUCACAGUGGAUGGUCAGAAGUUUGUUGUGAGAGCUUACAGUGAAUGGAACGAUGGUGUCCCAAUUUCAGGCUUCCAAGUAGAACCUGUUGGUGGGGUGAUACUAAAUCUUCUGGAUGAUGUUAGUAGUUGGGAGCCUGGAGACCGAAUUGUGGUUGCAAGCACAGACUAUUCAAUGUAUCAGACAGAGGAGUUCACCCUCCUUCUCUGCCCAGAGUGUACAAAGCACCAGGUCAAAGUCAAAGAAAAACCUCAGUAUCCCCACAUAGGAGAAGUUAUUGAUGGAGUGGACAUGAGGGCAGAAGUUGGAGUUCUCACAAGGAACAUCUUAAUCAAGGGAGAGACAGAAAAUACCUGCUAUCGUGAAAAGGAGUGUCAGUUUUUCAACUAUGACACAUUUGGUGGACAUAUCAAGAUUUUGAAGAAUUUUACAUCUGUUCAUCUCUCCUAUGUGGAACUAAAGCAAAUGGGCCAGCAGCAGAUAGGAAGUUACCCUGUUCACUUUCACCUUUGUGGGGAUGUGGAUGAAAAAGGAGGUUAUAGUUCUAAGACUUACCUUGAUGGUCUUUCCAUUCAUCAUUGUUUCUCCAGAUGUGUGACUAUUCAUGCAACUAAUGGCUUGCUGAUAAAGGACACCAUUGGUUAUGACACACUAGGUCACUGUUUCUUCAUAGAGGAUGGCAUUGAGCAGAGGAAUACUCUCUUCCACAACCUUGGACUAGUCACGAAACCAGGCACUAUUCUUCCUACAGACAGAAACAGCACCAUGUGUACUGGCAUAAGGGAUAAAGUGUAUGGAAGUUACGUUCCUGUGCCAGCCACAGACUGCAUGGCAGUUUCAACAUUCUGGAUUUCUCAUCCCAACAAUCAUCUUAUAAGUAAUGCAGCAGCAGGUUCACAGGAUGCUGGAAUAUGGUAUUUGUUCCACAAGGUUGCUACUGGAGAUUCUCAUAGUUUAGGCAUUGAAACAAAGUCAGAGCUCACACCCCUGGGAAUCUUCUAUAACAACAGGGUUCAUUCUAAUUUUAAGGCUGGUUUGUUCAUUGAUAAGGGUGUUAAAACAACUAAUGCUAGCGCUGAUGAUCCCAGGGAAUAUCUUUGUUUGGACAACAAUGCAAGGUUUCGUCCUCAUCAAGAUGCAGACCCUGAAAAACCUCGAGUUGCUGCCCUGAUUGAUGGAUUAAUCUCUUUCAAAAACAAUGAUCAUGGUGCUUGGGUCAGGGGAGGAGAUAUCCUCAUUCAGAACUCUGGGUUUGCAGACAAUGGAAUUGGUUUGACAUUUGCCAGUGAUGGGAGCUUUCCGAAUGAUGAAGGUGCCAGUCAAGUGGUAUCCGAAUCUCUGUUCAUAGGGGAGAGCAAGAAUUACGGGUUUCAUGGUGGUCAAAAUAAAUAUUCAGGAUCUGGAGGAAUAGACAGUAAGGUGCGCACACUACCUAGAAAUCGGACAUUUCCCAUUAGAGGUUUUCAAAUUUACGAUGGGCCUAUUCACCUUACUAAGUGCACGUUCAGGAACUUUGUGCCAACUCCAGACAGAUUUACCAGUGCAAUUGGCUUCUUGAUGAAAAAUCCUUGGCAGAUGACACCAAGAAACAACAUUUCUCUUGUGAAGUUUGGUCCAAAUGUUUCUCUGAAAGCCUUCUUUGGAAAACCUGGUCCCUGGUUUGAAGAAGUAGAUCUGGAUGGUGACAAGACCUCAAUAUUCCAUGAUCUAGAUGGUUCAGUGACUGAUUACAAAGAUACAUAUGUGGGCAGAAUGGAUAACUACUUGAUUCAACACCCCAAAUGCAUUAACUAUACAGAAUGGAAUGGAGUGAUCUGCAGUGGGACCUAUGCACAGGUCUAUGUUCAAACAUGGAAUGGACAGAAUCUUUCCAUGACUAUUGUACGAGAUGAGUACCCAUCCAAUCCCAUGGUUCUUAGAGGUAUUAAUCAGAGAGCUGUCUUUCAGCAGUACCAGCCAGUAGUGAUGCUUCAGAAGGGCUACACAAUUCAUUGGAAUGGAAAAGCACCAAAUGUCACAUAUCUUUACCUCAUCAACUUCAAUAAGAAUGACUGGAUUCGUGUUGGUCUUUGUUAUCAACCAAAUACUGAUUUUACUAUAGUUUUGGAAACCUUUCAAAGGAAGUCAUCUGCUCUGUCAAGCAAGGUAGAACGCUACGUGCCUGUAUCUUCAAUGCUGGAGCUUGAAAAGAAUCGAUCAGACAAGAAGUUUUAUUUUGACAACAGUACUGGAUUACUGUUUUUAUUUCUUCAAGCCAAAUACAAUAGGGAUGGUCACAGUUAUUGCUCAUCUCAGGGAUGUGAAAGGAUCAAGAUUGUGACCAAAGAUUCAGCAAAAGGGGUCAGUAACUGCAUAGCAAAAGCUUACCCAAAGUACUACCAAGGACCAGCUGUCAUAAAGCAAAUGCCAGUAAAAACUACUGUACCAUGCACAAAGUGUGGCACAACUCAGAUGGUAUUCACCAGUGAUCCUCACAAAAACUACCUCCUUGUGCAGAUUAAUUUAUCUGGUAGAAAAGAGUUAAGCAGAGAUCAGCAAGCAUUUAUUUCUGUCAAUAACACUAUGUUUUCCUUCAAGGAUGAUGGUAUACUCGUUGUUGUAGUUGAUGCCUGCACUGGCACAGUGUCAGGAAAUAAUUUAUUUUCCGGAGUAGACAUUAAGCGUGUAGGUGGCUAUUUAAAGUCUGGAAUUCCACAAAGGUCUGUAGUUCUACUGAGCACAAGAGGCAAGGUAGAAAUUCCUAGUAACUUAUCAGAAGCCUUAAAGUCCUUGGGGACAGCCAAACCGCCUUACCUUCAGAGCAAUGGAAGCAUGGCCUUUCUGGGCUUCAGAGGAAACUUUAAGCCAUCCUGGAUUAAGCUGUUUACCAGUCCUGCUGGUCAUGGGCUAAUUCAGAUAGAAAAGUAUAUCCCUUUGCAACUGGAAGAAUAUGGCUGUACCAGAGCAGUCAAGAGUCAACAGAAAGACCUCGAGCUUCUGAAGAAGGCUACAAGAUCUCAUUAAAGACUAAGCUGUACAUAAAAACUGGGGGAAGAAAAUGUGAACUAACUUAUUUUUAAUUUAUGGCAUUUUAAACUGUGUUGUUAUACAAGGAAAUCAUGUUAUUGUCUGACAGACAUUUGCCAUCAUUGACCGCUUGAAUGCCAGUCUGUGCACCUUCUAGUUGUACAAAAUAUGAAAGAAUUUAUUACUAUUUGUAUAAACAGGUUUCAGAGAUUUUUCAGAUGUUUGUAUUUACUGUAAACAUUUUUUUUUUUCCUGUUUAAUACUCCUUUUGUAUUUAAGAGAGUGUUCAUAAAAGCCUUAAAUUUUUUAUAGCUGGUGUUGGAGUGCUAUUUGGAUUACUUGAAAAAUUAACAUUUAAGUCUCUCUAAACAGCUUGAAUUGGUCAUUCUUAGUUUACUUGCAUUUUCCUUCUGCUUUAUACAUGUUUUCCUGAGAGUUUAUUUAGCAGUAAGUUCAGUUACUUUCUCAAACCCGGGUGUUAAAAAAACAAUUCCUGUUAUGCUUGCAGUUGUGCUCCAGGAGUUUUAACUGCAGUAAAACUUUUGAUUUGCUGUACGAAAGGUGGAGAGGGGGGAUUCGGAGACCUAGCCUGGGGCUGGGUGGGGAUUGUGUACUGUGCAACAGAGUUUUAACAAGGCCGUGUGUAGCAGCGUGACAGAGCAGAAAAUGACUGCCAUUCUUCAGGAUCACUGUUUACUACUCACUCCAAUAGGAGUCUGUAAAAAUUACUUCAUCAAUUAAUUUGUCUGUUAAGACUGGAUACAGAUGGACUUUUAAAGCUCUUAAGCAGAAAGGCAGAACUGAGAAACCUGUUCUCAGUUUGUUAUGAAGCUGAGCUUCUACUCCUUCUGUGAUUAAGGCUAUCACAGCUCUAAAUUUUGAGUGGAAAGUGUGCUCAGUUCAUUCUUUCAUGCUAUCUAUUUUGCCUUAACUUUUGAUUCUUUUUAAUAUAACCAUGUUGGCAAUUUCAGUUAUUAACUGUCUUUGAUUUCUGUUGGGUUUUGUUGCAAUUGUUUGACCUUAUCUACAGGUAGUGGGGAGAUCAUUUAGAAGAACUGAGACACAGCUGCCCAUUUUCAGAAUUCUAGUCUUUGAAAUUAGAUUUCAGAGACUGUAAAGAUGCAUUUCAUAAUAGGGAGCAAUAGGUACCACAGAGCUGAAAAUGUAACUAUAGUUCUAAUAAAACUGACCUUGUUCCUUGUUACUGUAUGUGUUCUCAUUCAUUCUAGCUGUUAUUAUAUAUGUGCCAUCCAGAGAUGCUAUGUGCUUUGAAUUUAAAAUGGAGUGGCUGAUAAAAAUGAACUGUUCACUUGUCUUCUCCAAAGAAGUUGAAAAACAGGGGAUUUUUUUUUGUGUGUGUGUGUGUGCUUUAAAGAAGAGGAGGCACAUUAGCAGACCUAUUAUUCUAUUCAAUUAAAAUACGCUACCUCAGUGCUACCAUUGAACUGCCUGAUCUAAUACCUUUUUUUCCUUAGUCAGAAGGGAGGGGAAAAGAGCACAGUACAUGAGAUCAAGAUAACAUACAGGUGACUGAUAUUAUUUUUAUUGCAAAACCAAGCCAAAUGGGUGAUUAUGAAUUUUGCAUUUGUUCUGAUGCACAGUUGUUAUAAUGCUUAAAAAACAAAAAAGUGUUUUGUGUGUGUGGUAAAUUUUUAAGACUAGCUAUAAUGUUUGGUGUUAUUAGUGCAGGACAAUGUGAUUUACAUGCUCUGAGUGCAGUAGGGUUAGUGUCUGGGGAUUGCAAUAAUCUUAGGACUUCCAUUGUUCUGAUCUGUGGGUUGUGCUUAGCAGAGAAAUGCCUUUUGGAUAGUGACCUUUAGGCUUCAGAAGUUGGCCAUUGUUUGAGAUUCUGCUGUUCUAAGCCAUCUUUUGUAAAACCUGUACUUGGAAACCUCAAGGCUGCUCCAGUAUAAGGAGUACUGAUGGACAAUUGAACCUGAAGUGGAAAUGUCAUCUUUUGUGUGAAUUUAAGCAUUUGAUAAAUAGCGUAAAUAAAUUUUUACAUCUGACAAAGCAA